CACACACACUCAAGUGAACGCCUCCUAUGGCUGCUGCGGCCACUCCUCCUGGAACAACAGCACCCUGUUCUCCAACGCCGUUAAAUGACACAAUAACGACUGAAAAGUGAUGUACAACGACUUUAAAGGACUCCAGCUGAUCUUCAACUUCACGCAGGAGGCGUCUGGUCUGUCCGCUGCGGCGUCCACAAUCCGAAGCGCUGGGACUCGAGAAAUCUGCAGGAAUAAAACGCGCCUCCUUCAAGCAGUUAUGUAGCCUAUUGAUACACGCACGCGAAUCGCCGAACUUCAUAUAUGGAUUAUUCCAGCCCUCAGACCCUUUGAUUGGAUGUUUUUUUUUUAUCUUUAAACAGUGAUUUUACCUUGGAAUAAAAGCUAAAAUCAUCGCUGCAACUUAAAAGCCAUUAUGUUUUGUACUUAAGAUCUCCAGGACACACGAUCCUUGCGCACUUUUGACUAAAAGCGUGAGUGAUGUUUCCAGCUGCUUUCACACAUUACUGACCCGUGCAGUAUUUAGGCAUUUGGCGGUAUAAAGGCACUGAGUUGUUGCAUAAAGCAACUAAAGUCUUUGUCCCGGAGCCCUUGGAGAGAUGGAGGGACAGGAUGGCAAAAGGAAUAAUGACAGUAAUCAAAAGGCAGACAAAAGGUUUGCGCUCUGGUACAUGGGCUGGUCGUCUCUGGACAAGCGGACCACGCUGCCCAUGCUGCCCUGGCUGGUGGCGGAGAUCCGGAGGAAAAGUGAGAAGAACGAGUCCGGUCCCGCACAGGCCAGAGAAGUUCAGCUGUAUCUCUCGCCUCCUCUGAUCCGCUGCGUGCCAGCAAACAGCAGCAACCCGUCCGUGUUCAUAUUCGAGCACAAAGCACAGUUUAUCUCCAGGUUUAUCCACAAUAGCCAUGACCUGUCUUAUUUUGCCUACCUUAUCAGAAGUCAACCCGAUAACCCCGAGUCUGAGAUGGCAUGCCAUGUGUUCAAAGCAUGUGAUCCAAACCAGACAAUAAUCUGACAUUGUAUUGAAUAAAGACUGGGA